GACCGCCCGCGUCUAGGGACACUACAGCGGGGCUCGCCCCGGGCCUGGGCCGCACCUCGCGGCCCUCCACGCCCCCCGCCGCGCGCCGGGCCCUCCCCUAACUCGCUCCCUCCUCCCUCCGCCCUCCCUCCAGCCCAGUUGCUCAAGCCGCUUCCUUCCCCACCGCCAGCCCCAGUUCCUCUCCCGGUGGGGCCCGGGAAGGGCGACGAACGCUUGACGCCGCGGAGGCGUCCGCCAGACCAUGGCCCAGCUCCGAGGGGCCGCGGACCCUGCGCCCCAGGCCUCGGACGCGCCCACCUCGCAGCCGCGCAGCUCGAGAGCGGACACCGGCAGCCUAGGCAGGUACCGGGGCGCUGCCACCGCCUCCCGGGAAGCCCCCUUUCAGGGUUUGCUGACGCUUUCCGGAGUGGGUUCGGGGCGCCGGCGGGGAACGCGGAGGGAGCUGCCUGGGCAGCAGGGGGCGGCUCCCGCGGGGCGGCCGUCUGAGGAGCGCGCCGAGGAGCCUGCCCCGGGCGGCGGCCCCGGGGGCAGCGGACUAUGCCUGGAGCCACGGGAGCACACGUGGAUCCUGGCGGCCGCGGAAGGCCGCUUUGAGGUGCUGCGGGAGCUGCUAGAGGUGGAGCCGGGGCUGCUGCUGCGGGGCGACCCGAUCACAGGCUACGGCGUGCUGCACUGGCUGGCCAAGCACGGCCGCCACGAGGAGCUCAUCCUAGUGCACGAUUUCGCCCGGCGCCGGGGACUGCCGCUUGACGUGAGCUCCGCGGGCAGCGGCGGCCUCACGCCCCUCCACCUGGCUGCGCUGCAGGGCCACGACAUGGUCAUCAAGGUGCUAGUGGGCGCCUUGGGAGCCGACCCCACGCGUCGCGACCACAGCGGCCGCCGGGCCUACCACUACCUGCGUCCCGAUGCUGCGCAGAGUCUGCGGGAACUGUCAGGGGCCGAGGACUGGGAGCCAGCGCGCGGCAGCGACCGCCACAACACCAACAACAACAGCUGUACCGCUGCGUGGCCGCCGCGACGGACCCCAAGCACUGUGAGCGCCAGGGCUGUGGAGACAAACAGAGCGGCGACCCCGCUGGCCAGAGUGAAAGACGCCGCGGGCAGCCGGGUGGCGCAAAUCCAUGGUCUCUUCCGCCAUCUGUUCCCCUUCUUCCAAGACCGUUGAGGGCGACAGAGAUUAGAGAGCUAGGAGUGGCGAGGCCUCAUCUUUGAUGGUUUCUGCCAGCGAAACAGAGGCGCCUCUGAUGCAACUUGGACCUGUGAGGAGCAGACCACACCGGCCCCACUCAGGGGCCUGUCCCAGGCCUCUGGAAGCCGCCACGCAGAAGGACCGGGAGACUAAGGAAGCCCCUAAGGGAGGGAGAGCCCAGAAUUAAACUCAAAACUUUUGGGACCAACAAGCUAGGAUCAGGGAGCUGGUCCUGCUUGGGAGAGGAAACCGCUUCAGUAGCCAUUUCGGAGCAAUCACAAGCACUGAUUUAUUGGGAAGCAUCCACCAGAAGAAUGAGUUCAAACUGUAAACCACUGUUGCUGAGGAGACACCCCAAUGCCUGCCUAAUUGCCAGCGUUGUUGGUCAGCCCCUGGUGAUGGAUGGGUAGGCUACCCCGGCCUUGCCACUACUGUUUUAAUGUAUCACAGGUGACUUCCAAAGUAUAUUAAAGUGCAAUCGUUUCUCCUU